AUGGCCCCCCUUCUGCCAGUACCGGCCGCAGAUGGCUUCUCUAUCGGUCGCGUCUUAGUUCGCGAGCUUGAACACAUCAACCCGACACGGACUCUCCCGGAGGUAAUCUCUAAGGUCCUUACUGCUCGUCAGCAGGCCACUACGACGGUCGUCGCGCAAACCGACGGCGAUUCAUCGCAUACCCUCUCGGGUGGAGCCAUCGCUGGCAUAGUUAUCGGCUCCAUCGCCGGGUUCCUCAUCCUACUAUGGAUCAUCCGUUCAUGCAUCAACUACCGCAACCCAGGGGCAUGGGGCACUACGUUCGAGCCGGAUAACGAGAAGCCGCCGUCUUCGCAUCAUCACCACAGCUCCACGCGGUAUCCUCGGGAAACACAUGGUCAUAGAUCACGCUCCCGUCAUUCCCAUCAUAGUCCGCGCCGCACGUCGAUCGAGCAGGAGUCCGAGAGCCCCUCCAGCGACGUAUUAUUCCGACGGGAGAGAUUAUCGAAGGUCGAGUGA